UUAAAUUCCAAAACGACGAUAAUAAUAGCAACUCGAGAAUUAUCGCAGGUUGCCUGCUGCGUCGAACAGCAACUAAAUCCGACCGCCAAGUGCCCGGACAGCACCGCCAUCUUCAUGACAUCGAGAAGUUGCAGGUAGUCGUUCUCUGAAAUACCUACAAUGCCUGAGGAGGGGGUCAUCGCCACUGCCGUCGCCACUUCCCUGGAUUCCCUGUUGUCGCCCAAGGCCCAGACAUUCGAUGUCAACCGAACCGUUCGAGAAUCUGUAGCAGAAUCAGAUUUCAAUGAUGUGGCGCUGGAGGAUGAUGCUCGAUUCUCGACUGUCGCACUUUCUUCGAGGCGUAGUAGUUCCAGUGCAGGCUCGUCGGUACAUACCUUGGACAGAUCUCGACCGCGUAGCAAUUCAUCCACUCUGGCAUCGAGUUUUGAGGCUCCUAAGAAGCCCUCUCACAAAAAAUCAGCUUCUACGACGACGAUACGGUCCAAUAAUAAUCUCACGUUUCUUCUGGCAAGGCUGGAGGAGGAUCCUACCAAGCGGGGCAGCGUCGACGGACAAAUCAGACUUCAAGAAGAAUUCGCUCGUUUACAAAAGGAGAAAGAGUAUCAAAUAGAAACUGAAAAUAGCAGCGACGCUGAGGUUAUUGACUGGGAUUAUUGGGGCGCUGUCAUGUCUGAUUACCAGCAAUUUGCCUCCGACGAAUCAGAGAAACUUGCCCAGGCUAUCGUCAAAGGGAUCCCCGGAUCUCUUCGAGGCAUGAUGUGGCAGCUUAUGGCGGCAUCAAAAGAUCCAGAGCUAGAGAACACGUAUGUGAAACUAUUGAAGGAAACGAGUCCGCAUGAGAAAGCUAUAACGCGUGAUUUAGGCAGAACAUUUCCUCAUCACGACUUCUUUACUGACGGCGACGGCAUUGGGCAGGAGAACUUAUUCAAUGUCCUCAAAGCAUAUUCUCUACAUGAUCCUCAGGUGGGAUAUUGCCAAGGUCUUCCGUUCGUAGUUGCCAUAUUACUGCUAAAUAUGCCGGACGAAGAAGCUUUCUCCCUGUUGGUUCGGCUAAUGUAUGUUUACGACCUUCGCGGUCACUUUCUUCCCGAGAUGCCGAAGCUACAACUACGUCUGUUUGACCGCUUGGUAGAGGAGCUUCUGCCUGUUCUCCAUAUACAUUUCCUUCGCCAAGGUGUCAAGUCCAGCAUGUUCUGUUCACAGUGGUUCUUGACGAUGUUCAGCUACCGAUUCCCAUUAGACGUUGUUUUCCGGAUAUAUGACAACUGCCUAGCAAACGGGAUUGAGGCCAUAUUUGGAUUUAGUAUCGCACUACUCCGCAAAAACGAGGACUUGCUACUGGGCCUCAAGUUCGAUGAGAUCCUGACGUUUCUCAACACGAAGCUCUUUGAUAGAUACAAGGCGCAGUCUACCGAAAGCGGAGAUUCACACGAAGUCAAAUAUAACACAGACGAGUUCGUAAACGAAGCGGUAUCGCUUCGGAUAACGCCAUUUCAAUUGGAUAACUACAGUCACGAAUACGAUGACAUUAUGCGUGAAGCCAACAAACAUAAAGUUGAGAUGGACAAGCUCAGAACUGCGAACCGAAAUUUAUCUGCCAAAGUCAAAAGCCUUGAAGCAGAUUUUGCUCAACUAAGCACCGAGCAUGUAGAAUUAUUGAAUGAGCUUGUAAAAGCAAGGUUACGAAAUGAAGAAACAGAAGGAGAGCUGGUCCGGUAUAAACUCUUAUAUGCGGAAGCCAUGCACCAAAACGAGGAGGGUCAAUCAUCUAAUCGAAUAUCAAAUUCCAUAGUGUCGAUGUUCAGCAGGAGAGGUAGUAGCAAUGUUUGAGUCGCGUCGAAUUCCAUGUAAUAUACACAAUAAUUAUAUUGUAUUGCUGAUGGGCGG